UGUGUUGUCCUGUGUGAGGGAGCUGAUCACUCAGGCUGCCUGUGCUGUGUCGAUGCCUACCUGCUGCACCAUGAGGGCUAAAGCCUCAGACAUGCACAGCAAGGACUGUGUCAAAGUGGCUGUCAGAGUCCGACCAUUCAACAAGAGGGAGAGGGAUGCAGGCAGCCGCUGUGUUGUCUCCAUGGUGUCGAGCUCCAUCACCAUCCAGGACCCUCGUGACUCCCAGAACCAACGAUUGUUCUGCUUUGAUUACGCCUAUUGGUCCCACAGCGGUUUCAUGAGAGACCACAGCGGCCUCUGGGUGCCUGAAGAGCCUGGAGGACGAUACGCCGACCAGGACAGUGUGUUCCAGGACCUGGGAGAAGGAAUACUGGAGAAUGCACUGCAGACUGGCUCAGGGAAGAGCUACUCGAUGGUGGGCUACGGGCCUAACAAAGGUCUGGUUCCUAAACUGUGUGACCGACUGUUUCAGGCCAUCAGAGAAAACCAGGAAAACAGACAGUGUCAGGUGGUUGAUCUGCUUUCUCGGGGGUCUCGUACUCCAGGUGGACUCAGAGUCAGGGAGGAGCAGCAGCGAGGUUUCUAUGUGGAGGGUCUUCGUACAGUCCCCUGUGAGAGUGCACCUCAGAUCUUCUCCAAAGAGAGCAUCACGAAGCAGUCCAACAUUAACCUGGUGGACUUGGCCGGCAGUGAGCGUCAGCGGUCGUCAGGCUCAGAAGCUGACAGACUGAAAGAAGGUACAGCCAUCAACCUGAGCCUCACCACCCUGGGCAACGUCAUCAGUGCUCUGGCUGAUGUGGCCGUUGGGAAGAAGGUCGUCCAUAUUCCUUAUAGAGACUCUGUUCUCACCAAGCUGCUGCAGUCUGCACUGGGAGGCAACAGUCGCACUGUUAUGAUUGCCACGCUGAGUCCUGCUGAUAUCUGCUAUGAGGAGUCUCUGUCCACGCUGCGCUACGCUGAGAGGGCAAAGCGUAUCCAGAACCGGGCCGUGGUGAAUGAGAGCCCCACUGAACGUCUGGUUAAAGAGCUGAAGGCAGAGAACGCCAGACUGCUGCAGCGACUGAGCCGACUGGGCCAAGAGGGACGCAGAGCCAACGAUGAAACCAAGGAGCUCCGUCAGCUGCUGGCCCACAAUGAGCUCCAGAUCAGGGCAAUUCAAACUCUGUGGGAACAACACCUGCAGGAGGCGCUGAAAGACUGGGAGCAACAGUACGCUAACAUCACACAGGAGAGGAGGAUGAUGCAGAUGCAUCCCUACAUCCUCAACAUCAAUGAGGACGCUCAGCUGUCAGGGGUGGUGAAGCUUUUUAUCCAGGAGGGCGAGUGGGAUAUCGGGCUCUGCGACUCCUCUCCUAGAUCCAUCUCUAUCAAGGGCUUAGGGAUCCAGGAGCGUCAUGCUGUGUUCAGGAAUGAACAGCGCCGGGUGACACUGAGCCCACUGACAGGGUCGAAAGUCAUUGUAAAUGGAAACACCGUCUCCCAGACUACUGAGCUGCAGCACCUGGAUCGUCUCAUUCUGGGUUCCAACUGUACCUACCUGUUCGUCGGUUAUCCAUCUGAGAGGGGCGGAGACGACUGGAGCCGCUACGACUAUGAUUACUUUCAGUCUGAGCUGGCUGCUGCUGAAGGCAUCCACCUGGGAGAGUCCAGCGCUGGUUCUAGUCAGACCGACCCCAGUCUGCUCGCUGUCUUCUAUGACUACAUUAAGCUGAUGCCCAUGGUGGCAGAGGUCAACCAGAUGAGCCAGGAACUGAAUAAGGGGGUGGAUUUUAAGCUGGAGAUCAAGAACCUGGCGCUGUCAGAUCCAAAAGGCCACGACCUGGAGAAGGACAUUGUUGUCAGAGUCACUUCUAAAGGAAGCAAACAGGUGUGGGUGUGGUCCAAGGCCAAGUUUGUUAACCGCAAGUUUCUGAUGGAGGAAGUCUACCAGAAUCAUCAGGCUGAGCAGAGCGGAGACGACAGACUAGAGGGGAUGUCAACGGUCACUUUACCCAGAGAUAAAGAUCCAUUCUGGGAUCCUGUUGAGCCUCUGCUCCUGGGCACUGCUCACCUCUGGCUUCAGUCUUUGGCCUUUCGCAUCCCUCUGGAAGAGCAGCUAGAGGUGCUGGGGUCGGAGGGCACAGAGGAGGCUAUUCUACAAGCACAGCUGGUCCCCUGCACCUCCACUGGACUCCCUCUGGGUGAGGACGACAUCCUGAUUGACCCGUCAGAGAUAUUGGGUCGACGCCUGGACUUCCAGCUGGCCCUGGAUCAGUGCUGUGGCCUUCGCUGGAUAAGAGAGGCUCGCAAUAGAGGGGUCCAAAUUGGUUUCAGGUUAUUUGACUGCAGCCAGCCUCUCUACACUCCAGCUGUGUGGCACAACGUCAACCCUCUGCUGGAUCACAGGGUUCACUUCGCCUCUCUCCACACCUCCCAACGCCUGCUGGACUACCUGCAGAGCAGCGCUGUGGUGCUGGAGCUGUGGGGCCUUCAAGAGGGAUGCACUCAUUUGAUAUCAUCUCUGGAAGGAGUGAGGAUGACCACAGAGGGCAUCUUCAUCAUCGAUGAUUCAGGUCCAGCAGAAAUUGCGCCCGUGGACUCUGCAGAGCUCGGCUGUUCAGUGAGAGUUCUUCAACAGGACUUGGAGGAGCUAAAGAGUGUUAAUGCUUCAUUGAAGAAGGAAAAUCAUAGUCUGAGAGAACAACUGAACACAGCCAGGAACGGUGUGGAGGGUGUACGCAGUCGGUCAGUACGUCCCAGCUGUGAUGCAGAGUUUGCUCGAGCUCUAAAGGUUUUCUACCACAGUAUGACCUCAGUGAGGGGUCAGCUGCAGCGCCUGCGCAGACACAGGCCCAGUGAGGAGUCUGACCUGUUGGGGCUCCGACUGUUUGUGGAUGAGCAGAGUCGUCUGCUGAGAGAUUUUUCAGAGCAGCUGGAAGACAGCGUCUCCACUCUCAAACAGGACGUAGCCGCCAUCGUCCGCCGGAAACGAGAACGAUCAGGAGUCUGGUCUUGACUGAUUGCAUAUCGGUUUUUACAAAGUGUUUAAGAAGGUAAAUGUCUCAGGUUGUUCUUUAUGUUAUUAUAUUGCAGACAUUCCCAGUGAAGAGUAUACUCACAAGGGUUCAUUUUAGUUAGUGCUGCUAGUAAGAGCUCUGCUCUGAAACUGCAUCAUUCUUUAAUUGGUGAAAUGUGAUUAAGAAAUGGGGUUAGUUAGUUAUUUAGUUAGUUAGUUAUUUAGUUAGAUGUUUUUAGCAUUUGCAAUAGAAGAGAUUUUUUUUUAAAUUUUCUUUUUAUUGAGCAUCAACAAUAUGGUACAUAGAUACACAUACAGGUGGAUAACAAUGCUCAUGUUUAUAUUUUAACUUAUAUAUAUAUAUAAAAUUUUUCCGGGGGGGGCAUGUCCCCGGACCCCCCUAGUUGCUUCGCACCUGCGGCACUCGCCAAUGCAAGGGCCUUUGGCCCUUGCCUACACCCCACCACCUCACGGCCAUUUCAACCCAGGGGAAACACUGCAUAUAUGCAUAUAUAUAUAUAUAUAU